UUAACAGUCCUAACAGCGAGUGCUCUGCUACGCUGCGCGCACCUAACAGUUGCCUUUUGUUUUGUUCGUAGUUUAUCAAUUCGACUCGAGAUACUUUUGUGUUGCCCAUACUUAGCACACCUGAGCGAUUCUUCCCAUGCACUGAUCUGUGGCAGAUCACCUGGCGGACGAAACGAGCCUGCAGAACCGCCGAAAAGGCGCUCCUCUUCGCUGGGAAUGGAAUGUGCGCACAGCAUUUAAACCGUGAACACUUCCGUGUGAUUCGGAUUCCUCGGAUGUGGAUGAUCGCGCGGUUCCUCCGCCACCUAGUCAAGGAGUAAACCUGCCACGGAGCACUUAGUGCACUUCAUUUCGGAGGCGACAUGCUCGCGUACACCCACGGCACAUGGCUCCUGCUCCUGCUGCUCCUUGUUGCAGGCGCAUGCGCGCGUCCAGAAACAGCACACACACCGGAUCCUGCUACCCUAGGCGAGGAGUCCUCUCCACAUGCACACGCACAUGUACAUGCACAUCCGCAUCCACAUCCACAGCCUCAACACCAUCACCGCGCCCAUCCCCAUGCGCCACUGGAGGAAGAUGAGCAGGGAACAGCCAUACCUGCUCCUAUUCUUACAGCUGAUCAUGUGGGCAUAGGCGAAACCACCACAGCAACCAGUUUGGCCGAGACGCAAAGUGUGUCCGAUCCGGGAUCUGUGACGGACACCACAUCAACAAGCACAUCCCACUCCACCUCGACCACGUCAACCACUUCGCCCGCACCCCUUCCGCCGGCUGCUCCCGAACAGCCGGAGUACCUGAAGCACUGCUUCUAUGCAGAGGAGCAGCUGUGUGGCCACACCUUUGACGGACGAGCCGAAAUCUCCGAGGGCCAGGGCUCGACAGUCGCGCAGUCGGAAGCCCAAAACCGAGGUGGACAGGGGAACGGCCAGUGCCAGUGCAGGGAGCACCCGGCGCGGCCCAACUCCUGGUACUGCUGCAACAUAUCGCAGCUGACGAUGAUCUCAAGCUGCAGCAAUAUAUCCAAGUGGACCAACCUGCACGUGCGCAACAUGACUGUGGAGGACAUGGACCUCUCCAACCCAAUUUUCAGAUCCCUGCAGUCGCUAGCCGUGACGGACGGCAAUAUCACCCGACUGGUGAACGCCUUUCCGCGACUCUCGGCCCUCAAGUGCCUAAACAUAUCAAACAACAACAUCUCGGAGAUCCACUCGAGGGCGGUGAAGGACGUGCCCCAUCUGGAGUUCUUUGGCAUGUCGAACAACAAUCUCUCGCUGGUGCCGCACCGAAACCAGAACAAGAACAUUACGCUGGACAUCAGUGGCAACAUGCGCAUGCUGUGCACCCCGCUAAACGAAAUCAUAUACACCGAAUCCAUAAAUUUUCUGAACCCGAAGCACUCCUACUGUCAGUACAACGCCACGCACACCUGGUUUCAGUCCACGGACAAGGUGUCCGUGGAGCAGCUGGAGAACAGAAAGCGGUGUGUGACCAAUUGCCCGGUUAUUCCCAACUACGGCAGCUGCAAUUGUACGCUGGAGAAUAUUAUGAUCAUACAGGACAACCAGUCGAAGCCCCAGUGCCAUGUAGACUGUUCCAAUCUCGGCCUGGUGGAGCUACCCCAAAGACUGCCGGACAACACGUUUAUGCUCAAUAUCACAAACAACAAGAUAACCAGCCUGGGCGAUUACUUCCAAACGAACCCCACCUACCACAAUAUUAACCGUCUCUUGGCCGAUAACAAUCUCAUAUCCUCCAUCGUUGAGUUCGAGGGCACCAAGUUCAUCGAAACCUUUCAGCGCAUCUACAUGCGAAACAAUUCGCUGGGCAGGAUUCCGGAGUACAUUCUUAGCAACGCCCUGAUGGACUCCGGCCUGGGCCGUCGAAUAUACCUGGCAGGCAACAAGCUUCAGUGCGACUGCAACACGGCGAAGACGCUGCAAAAUUGGCUGAAGGAGCGCAGCUCCGACAUACCCGACUACAUGGAAAUACGCUGCCGCAACCUGCCUCAGAGAGUCAUCGAACUGCAGGAGGCUAAGCUGUGCCAGUCGCCCCCAGAUUGGACCGACUACAUAUACUAUUUAAUAGCCGCCGAGGUCAUCCUUCUGCUCGCCCUAAUUACCAAGGUGACCUACGACUAUUGGGUCUUUAAGACGGCUGGCUAUCUGCCCUGGCCGGCUAGCAAAAUGCCCAAGUUGCCUUGCGAUUGGCUGUGCGAAUCGUAGAGCUGCAACACAACGUCGAAUAGAGCCCGGGUGGAGCGUAAGAUGGCCAAACAGACGGUCAGACCGUGACAUAAUCACAUGACAGAACGUAUUUUCAUACGUGUCCUACCUUUAAAUGUAUCCGACUGUAUAUCUGCGGAACCGUGUGCCUUUUAUAUACAUAUGUGAACGAUUUUUGUGUACGAUUGGUGUGUAGCCUUAAGAACAGUGUGCAUGUACUUGUCGUUAUGUAGUGGGUGCAUCUGGAAUUAUAAACAGAGUAGUAACGUUGAUCAGCACCAUUGCUUAGGGUCGUGAGCUUAGUCAGCCUACUUACAUGUGGUACAUAUGGUAAACACAGCAGAGAACGACGAAUAAAUCAAUAGAGAAACUCGUGUUCAGAGUUCAUUUUACGAAUGAUA